AUAUUUUACCAGUUGGCACAACUUGAGUCCUUCUUCUUCCUAACCUAAGGGCUAGUAGAAAAGUCAUUUUGCAACUGCUGAAUUAUCCAGUUUUUAUCAGCGACUUAUUAAAAAAAAUGUCUUUAAAUUCUCUUGCUAAUGAGAGUGAUAAAAACGAACAUAAAAACGAUACUGAUUUAGAAAUACCUAUGGACUUUUCUAUUAAACAUCCUUUACAAAACGCUUGGACUUUAUGGUAUUAUGAAAGUGACAGGACCCAAUCAUGGGAAAAAAAUCAAAAAGAAAUCGCGUCCUUCCAAACUGUUGAAGAUUUUUGGAGCCUUUAUAAUCACAUUAAGCCUUCGAGUGAAUUGAAACAAGGUACAGACUAUUCUCUGUUUAAAAAAGGUAUAAUGCCCAUGUGGGAAGACAAAGCGAACAAACGAGGAGGCAGAUGGUUGCUCAGUUUAGAAAGGAAACAAAGAGUUAAUGAACUAGAUCGAUAUUGGUUAGAUAUAAUUUUGUGCUUGAUUGGUGAAGCUUUCGAACAUUCUGACGAGAUUUGCGGAGCUGUAGUGAAUAUUAGACAAAAGGGUGAUAAAAUAGGGGUUUGGACUGCUGAUGCUGGUAACGGUACUGCAGUUUUGGAAAUCGGAAGGAAACUAAAGGAAAGGCUUCACAUACCACCUAGAGUUAUGUUGGGUUAUCAGCUACAUAAAGAUACAAUUGAAAAAACUGGAUCAGUUUCAAAAUAUUCUUAUACUGUGUAAAUUAUAUAUUCGACGUUUUUAUAUGGAAAUUUAACAAUGAAUUCGGGUUGAUGUGAUAUUAUUCGUUAUAAAUAAUUUGAUGUGGUAGUUGCUGGAAAUUAUAAAGCUGAUGGUGUAAAACACGUUGAUUUUUGAUAGUUUUGACGUGUUUAAACUUUUAAGCUUCGACUUGUUGAUAUCGAAUUAUUUUAUAGCUAAUGUCGCAUCUGAAUAAGUUUUCAUUCAAAUCUGCGUGUUUAACUAGUAAUGUUACAGUCAUAGUUCAUUUUUUAAAUUGUAGCUCAUUAAUUUCAUUUUUUUUUCAUUAUUUUCAUUUAUUAUUAUUCAUAUUACAAGAAUUUCUAAUUAUUUUGUGUUUUUUUUUUCAUGGAAGACUUGUUUUGUUUAUAGAUCAGUUUAUUAUUUUCUAUUUUAGUGUAAUUAACAAAUUUAUUCUUAUUUUCAGUUAUAAAUAAAUUAAUAAAAUAUAUUUUUGAUGUUAUUUUCCUUGCUAGAGUUUAAAAAGUGUAGGAAUGUGGCAGAAACUAGUGAAAAAAUUACAGGCAUAUAAUGAAAAUCGUUUUUUCUUCAAUAAAAUAAAAAUUUUGUACAUUUGUGGUGAAAAAUCAAACUGAAAUUCAAUGGUGGACAUUGAAUCUAGUUAAAAAAAACUACAAAUGUCUCUAGUACUCUAAAUUAGAAUUUCCAGUACCAUUGUUGGUAUUUAUAUUAGAAACACUGUUUUACUGCCCCUAAAUAAACAUUCAUAAUACUACAAUUUGGUCUUUCAAGCCGUGUAUAAAUCAACGAUAUAAAUCAAGGCUCGAAGGACCAAAUAUAUGUAAUUAUGUGUUGAUGUAUUUGUUUCCAGAAAUUCCAACUUGAAUUUGACAAUAAUCCAAAAUACAGACAUUGUUUAACAUUUAAUUUCUUUGAUUUUUGGCAGAAAAAAUU